GCACCCACACACUCCUCACAGCUCAGUUCACCUCAACUAGAAAAGAGUGAAAAGUCUUCAUUACAGAAUGUCAGGUGGAACCAUGAGCUUCACACGUGGAAUCCUAUCACUGACCAUCCUGCUGAACAUUCUAGUUUCAGGUUCUUUGGGUGAGACUCUGAGAGUGACCUGCAGUCCUCAGACUAUCUGUGCUCUACGGGAAUCAACAGUGAACCUGGAUUGCUUUUACUCAAACUCCAACAUCAAACCUCAGCACAGCUUCUGGUUCAGCCCCAAACAAAAAGCUAAAUGGAGGAACGAGGAAGAUCCAGAGGAUUUAGCUUUAGACUCAGACUACGCAGGACGAGUGAGUUAUGAUAAGACUACAACAUACAGUUACAGCUAUGAUACUCUUACAAUAACAGACCUGAGAGAGAGAGACUCAGGAGAAUAUCACCUCAUGAUCAUUAAAGAAACAGGACAGAAUUAUUCCAGCUCAACAGCAGUUACUCUAACAGUUUCAGAUCUGCAGAUGAAAACUGCUGACACUGAAAAACAGACAGCACGGACACUGAACUGUAGCACUUCCUGCAGACUGAGCUCUGUUCCUGCUCAUUACAGAUGGUACAACAAUGGGAAAUAUGUGUCCUGGACAAACUCACAUAAUACAAUUUUGGAUUUACAAAGGAGGGCUAGUCCUGGCAGCUACUCCUGCUCUGUUAGCAGCCAUACUGAAAUCUAUUCUAAUACCGUGUGUGUUUUUGAUAAGAACUGCUGGAGUGUAACCUACUCAGACAGAAGAGUCUGUGCUUUGGAGGGUUCAUCAGUGGAUUUUCCCUGCACUUACUCAUAUCCCAGAGAUCAGACAGUUACUGAAACAUUCUGGUAUAACUUUGGGUUAACAGAUCUGAGUGUGAAAAAGCAGUUUGCUGGUCGAGUGGAGUUUCUUGGAGAUAAAGAGAGAAGCUGCACUCUGAGAAUGAACAAUCUGACUAAGAGUGACUCUGGAGAAUAUCGCUUUAGAUUAAUCACAGAUACUGCAGGAGGGAGUUUCUCUGGUUAUCCUGGAGUCAUUCUGAGUGUUACAGAUCUUCAGGUGAAAGUGAGUCCCUCCACUCCAUCAGAAGGACAGACAGUAACACUGACCUGUAUCUCCACCUGCACUCUGACCCAACAACCCCACUUACAUCUGCUCUACCUGGAGUCAGCAAACACUGAGGAUGUUCUCCAGUAUUCUUGUGCUUUAGGAGGUACUGAAGCUCCCAAACAUACUGAAGAUCCAGAGGAUCUCACAGUGUUGAAGUUCAUCACAAUUGGUGCAGCAGUCUUUCUGGUUUUAUUUCUCAUCAUAGGAUGGAUUUGGAGGAGAAGGAGGAAAUCCAGUCCAGGUAAAGAGCACAGAAGCACUGAGGAGAGUGGACAGUGUGACUCUGCUCAUGUGUAUAGUAAUAUAUCAGAACUGGCCAUGACCUCUGACCCCACACAGAGAAAAGGAUCAGAUAAUCAGGAUGGCGUUCACUACUCCAGCGUUCAGUUCAAGCGCUUUCACAAGCAGGAAGAAGCUCCGCCCUCCACUUCCACACUUCCGCUUUACGUCAUAGAGGACCAGGAUGUUCAGUAUGCAGCUGUGAACUUCAGCAGAGAGAGUGCUGCCCCCCAGUGAGGAAACCCCUUCAUUACAUCUACUCUGACCAA